AUGGCCACCCUCCUCCGCAGCAAGCUUUCCAACGUGGCCACCUCGGUGUCCAACAAGUCGCAGGCGAAGAUGAGCGGCAUGUUCGCGAGGAUGGGCUUCCAGGCGGCCACCGACGAGGAGGCGGUGGGGUUCGCCCACUGCGACGACCUGGACAUGGAGCACCGGCAAGGGCUGCAGAUGGACAUCCUCAAGUCCGACGGCGGCGAGGAGGGCUCCGAGCCGCCCCUGGAGGGGGACAUCCACUACCAGCGGGACGGCACCGGCCCCCUGCCCCCCUCCGCCUCCAAGGAGGCGGGCGUCUGCUCGGAGCUCUCCGGGCAGGGCAAGCCCAAGAUCACGGCCUGGGAGGCGGGCUGGAACGUCACCAACGCCAUCCAGGGGAUGUUUGUUCUGGGCCUGCCCUAUGCCAUCCUUCAUGGUGGAUACCUAGGACUCUUUUUAAUAAUUUUCGCUGCAGUGGUUUGCUGCUACACUGGUAAAAUCCUUAUUGCCUGUCUUUAUGAAGAGAAUGAGGAUGGGGAGAUAGUCAGGGUGAGAGACUCCUACGUGGACAUAGCGAACGCGUGCUGCGCGCCCCGCUUCCCCACCCUCGGAGGCAGAAUUGUGAACGUGGCUCAGAUCAUUGAACUGGUCAUGACCUGCAUCCUCUAUGUGGUGGUCAGUGGGAACCUGAUGUACAACAGCUUCCCCAACCUGCCCGUCUCCCAGAAGUCGUGGUCCAUCAUUGCCACGGCAGUGCUCCUGCCUUGCGCGUUCUUGAAGAACCUCAAGGCAGUCUCCAAGUUCAGCUUGCUCUGCACAUUAGCCCACUUUGUGAUCAACAUCUUGGUGAUCGCCUACUGCCUCUCCAGGGCACGCGACUGGGCCUGGGACAAAGUCAAGUUUUACAUUGAUGUGAAGAAGUUUCCCAUCUCCAUUGGCAUCAUUGUCUUCAGCUACACCUCUCAGAUCUUUCUGCCUUCCUUGGAGGGGAACAUGCAGAACCCCAAAGAGUUCCACUGCAUGAUGAACUGGACGCACAUAGCAGCUUGCAUCCUUAAGGGACUCUUUGCCUUGGUUGCCUAUCUCACCUGGGCUGAUGAGACCAAGGAAGUCAUUACAGACAACUUGCCAUCCACCAUUAGGGCAGUAGUCAACAUUUUCUUGGUGGCCAAAGCCUUGCUCUCGUACCCCUUACCGUUCUUUGCGGCUGUGGAAGUCCUGGAGCGGUCCCUCUUCCAAGAUGGAAGCAGGGCGUUCUUCCCCAACUGCUACGGGGGUGACGGGCGGCUCAAAUCCUGGGGACUCACCCUCAGAUGUGCCCUGGUAGUUUUCACCCUGCUCAUGGCUAUCUAUGUCCCGCAUUUUGCCCUCUUGAUGGGUCUUACUGGGAGCCUCACAGGCGCAGGGCUCUGUUUCCUGCUCCCUAGUCUUUUCCACCUCAAACUCUUGUGGAGGAAGCUCUUGUGGCACCAUGUCUUCUUUGAUGUCGCCAUUUUUGUUAUAGGUGGUAUCUGCAGCGUCUCUGGGUUCAUCCACUCUUUAGAAGGCCUCAUAGAGGCCUUCAGAACCAACGCUGAAGACUAAGGAGGGGUCAGAGUCGG